AUGGACGGACUUCUAGCUGAGAUAUCAGCGAAACGAAAGGCCCUCGAGGUGGAGACGGGUGACUCUUCGGGAGGGGCGAAGAAGUACAUGCGAAGGGCGGAUAUCGAAAGGCUAAGAGAGGAAGAAGCCAAGAAGAAGAGGUUGGAGGAGAGGGCGAAGAGGGACAAGGAGAGGCAGGAGAAGAUGAAGAAGGAGGCAGACCAAGCCAGGCAUCAAUCCCUUGCACGUCUAGCAGCCUCCCCUACUCCCACUGCAUCUAAUACUGCUCGUGGAACCCCCGAACCAAGUACGCUAGUAGAGAAAGAAGGGUUCAACAUCUCUCCUGAAGAAUGUAUACGUCGUUUGAGAUCAAAAGGUCAACCAAUAAGGUUAUUUGGUGAAUCUGAUAAGGAACGUCGACUUCGUUUGAGAGCGUUGGAACUGUUAGAAGAAAAAUCAGGUAGUGGUGGUGGUCAACAUGGAAGAAAUGAUUUUAUGAAAGCAUUGGAAGAGAUGGAAAGUGGAUUGGAUAAGAAGGAGAUAGAGAGGAAAGCGAGAGAGUUGCAUAAACAGAGUGAAGAGAAAUCGAAAAUCACUCAGAACGAAAAUGAUCAUACGGAUGGAAAUGGAGAUAAAGAAGGUGAUGGAGAAGGAGAGAAGAAGGAUGGUACAUUGAAGAAAAGAGGUCAGAAUAUGGGUAUAUUAGAUUUGGGUCUGAUCAAAUCGGAUCCGAAUAAGUUGUAUCCUCUGAUAUAUUAUGCUUUGAAGGGUGUUGUGAAAGAAUGGGAAGAAUACAUGGAUAUGCGUCCAGAAGAGAUCAAACGUUCAACUCAAGGUAGGAUGGCAGCAGCUACGCAAGUCCAGUCGGCGCAGAAUCUCAAACCGCUAUUCAAGUCGUUGAGGUCAAGGGACCUGCCACCCGAUGUACUUCGUCUCCUAGCAGAAUUGGUCCAUCACAUGCAAUCGCGUCAGUAUCUGAAAGCCAACGAUGCCUAUCUCCGUCUAUCGAUAGGUAAUGCAGCUUGGCCCAUCGGAGUGACGAGUGUAGGUAUUCACGAAAGAUCAGCAAGAGAGAAGAUCGGUCAAGAUAAUAUAGCGCACGUGUUGAACGAUGAAGUGUCAAGAAAAUAUAUCCAAGCCGUAAAGCGAUUAUUGACUUUUUCGCAAACUGUUAGACCCCCUGAGGAUGUAUCGCAAUUGAUGGGAUGA